CAUAAAUAAAAACGUAAUCUUUCAACUACUUUUGCGACUUUAAAGAGAUUUUCUAGGUUAAAAUAUUUCCAACCAUCCAAGUUCUCCGAAAAAACGAUGAGCGUCCGUGAAAAACUCUCCCUUUUUGAAAAUUCUCCAUCUGUUCAAGAAAUCGAUCUCCUGGAUCGGAGUACCAAGAAAAUCAAAGAUCCAGAAACAAAGGCUACUGCAGAGCACUCACGAAGGGGGCCACUAAGUUCUGGCAUAAUAGAUGUGGCCAUGAAUGCCCAGAGCACCGACGAAGCUCCUCAGGACACUUUAAUGGUGGAAUCACAAAAUCCAACAACAACAUCAGCGAGUCAAACACAAAAUUUCCUUUCCUACAGAGAUAAGCUCAUGGGGGAGGAAAACCCAGUUAUCCUCUCCUUUAAUACCAUACCCAGCUACAUGGAUGAAGAAUCUGAUAUUGAUGAUGACCCAGAGGAUGACGCCCCUAUCGUCUUAUUAUCAAAAGCGGAAAAACGGAGAAUCCGAGAACCUUGGAUGAACGCUAUCAUCAUCAAAGCCUUCCAUCCUAAACCACUGGGCUACAAUUACGUUUUUCCUAGAGUCCAAGCUCAAUGGAAACCAAAUGGUAAGUGGGACUUCAUUGAUCUUGGAUUUGACUUUUUUCUUGUUCGUUUUCAGGAUAAUGAGGAUUUGAGCAAAGUUAUCAUGGGAGGACCGUGGUUUAUUGGUCCUUAUUACCUCACUAUGAGAAGAUGGGAGCCUAACUUUGACCCAGAAGAGGCUAUUCGCACUACUACCACUACGGUAGUCUGGGCUAGACUUCCUAAUCUUUCAGCAGAUUAUUAUGAUCCUACAACACUUCAGAAGAUUGGGAAUAAGAUAGGCCCCCUUCUAAGGGUUGAUGCCCAUACUGCACAUCAUACUAGAGGCCAAUACGCAAGGGUGUGUGUUCAAAUUGAUCUGGCACAACCUGUUACAAAGUAUGUUAGAAUUGGAAAGAAGAAACAGAGGGUCAGUUAUGAAGGUGUUAAUGCUCUGUGUUUCCAUUGUGGACGUAUAGGUCACAGAAAUAACCAAUGCCCACAACUUAAUACUACCUCUGAGAGUCCUAAAGAAGCUGCCAAUAUUGCACAUCAACCAACCCAGGCUCUUAACUCUUCAACUCCAGUUGCUAAGGCCGUGACCUCCUCUGCCACCUUAAAUCCUGGUAUGCAAACACCUACAGCUGACCAAUCUUUUGAUGAAGGCAAUUAUGGCCCCUGGCUAUUGGUGGAGCAUCGUAAAACCAAGAGAAAACCUUUUCUGAAGGCGUCUGCGCCGGAGAAGAUGCCGGCAAAUCCCAAAUCAAGAGAGACACGUGACUCGGCCGUUCCAACUCGUAGUACCGUUUCCAAGACUCAACGGGUCACCAACAGUUCCCUGUCAAUUCAUCUGAACGGUAAUGUAUCCAGUGCAUUAAAUGUUGCUCAGCCUUUGAAGCAAGGUCAAAAGAUUUACAAAGCCAAAGCCCCAACAGAGGAUUCCUCUAAACUAGAACCCAAAACCCAACAAUGGGGACCAGAUACCCUAAGGCCAUUUAGCCCUUGCCUUGAUCAUAUUGCCGGCUCCUCUAAGUCGGGACAAACCACCCUUACCACCCCCAUCCCUUGUACCUCCACCAGCACCACUGGAAUCGACUCCCAAAUCUUAUUCCCACAAAAUUCUACCUCUCCUUCUUUUAACCAUGGAUUUGUUCCAGAUCCUGCCCCAAGAUUGGAAAACCCAAAUGUUUCUAGUAAAAGACCAGAUGACUGUUCGAAUGGAGACAGCUGUGGAGUGGAUACUGGAUUGCUCAUCACCCAGGGGGUCCAAAUGGUCUCUGGAUCAACUGUUCAUGGUGUGGCGAGCCCCCAUUCUCACAGACAUAGAGGUGAAUCUCCCGGAGAUAGCUCACUUGAUCCCCCCAGCCGAGGAAAAUCCAGAUCCAAAAGAGUUAUGUCAGAUCGGGAAUCUCGAAUCGACAGGAGACGUCACAAUGCUCGACAAGGAGUGGAGCCUUAUCAAGCCCCUACUUUUGACAAAUUAUGCAUACCAGCACCACCUGAAGGUUGUCCAAGUACAGGGGAAAAUGGAACGCAUUCAUUUGAUAUUGAAAGUUCUAUUGUCGCUAGAGACACGCACCGAGAGGGAAUUCCAAGUUCUUUUCUUACCAUAUCAUUUCCCCCUCGCCAGGUACCUGUCAUGGACAUUCCAAUCCUUACUGCCGGGGCUCUGAAAGCAGGCUUUCGCAAAGGUGUUAUGGAUCUUAAAAGAAUUCAUAAUCCAGCUAUGAUACUUAUUUUAGAAACAAAAAUUUCUGGACAAAAUGCUCGAGAGGUAGCCGAAUCUCUUGGUUUCCCAAAAUCUUGUAUCGUCAACUCAAAUGGUCUUGCUGGAGGAUUAUGGCUCUUGUGGGAUGACUCUAGGCUUACGGUGGACAUUCUGUCAACCAGCAAUCAAGCAAUACAUGCCGCUAUCCAGGUAUGGGUUGAUAAUAACCUCAAUACUGCUAAAUGUUUAGAUCUUACUAUGAAUCGGGCCAAAGCAUGGAGCCAAGCAACUUUUGGGAAUAUCUUCAAAAAGAAGAAGAAACUCCUUAGCCGUAUUGAAGGUAUUCAAAUGUCUCCUGCUUAUAAUUUUUCUUCUUUUCUUUGGAGUCUAGAAAAGGAUCUCCUCCAAGAGUAUAAUGACAUUCUCAAUUGGGAGGCUGAUCUCUGGUUCUUGAAAUCUCGCGCCGACUGGAUUACUGAUGGUGAUAGGAACACCAGGUUUUUCCAUGUGACCACUUUGAAACAUCGAGCUCAAAAUAGGAUAUUUGGCUUGUUUAAUGACCAAGGCAACUGGAUUUCCGAUAGCAGUGGAAUAGCUUCAAUUGCCAUUAGUUUCUUCUCGGAGCUAUUUACCACAUCUCAUAGCCGCUCAUUUUUUGACUCAUAUCAUUCUAUUGAUCACCAAGCUCAAACUUCCUAUAGCCUUGAUUCCAUUAAAGGUUGCCCAAGUGAUAAGGAGAUUUGGGAUGCUGUCAAUUCUUUGAAAUCUUUUAAGGCUCCGGGCCCUGAUGGCACUCAUCCUUUCUUUUACAAACGCAUGUGGCCUCUGAUUGGGGGGAAAAUCAGUGCUGAAAUCAGAAAUAUCUUUCAGGAUGGGCACUUCCCCUCCAAAUGGAAUGAGUGCUCUCUUGUCCUUAUUCCUAAACUUAAAUCUUCUGAGCACAUUCACCAAUUCAGACCCAUAAGCUUGUGUAACACUGUUUACAAGAUCAUAUCUAAGAUGUUGGUGCAUAGGAUCAAGCCUUGGAUGGACAAGAUUAUCUCUCCAUGCCAAUCUAGUUUCAUCCCUGGCAGGCAAGGUACAGAUAAUGUCGUGAUUCUCCAAGAACUUGUUUACUCAUUUUCAAAAAAAUCUGGGAAAACAGGCGACAUGAUUUAUAUGGAUGCUGGGGUUUGGAAGGGCACUAAAGUUGGGAGAAGUGGUCCCUUUCUUUCUCAUAUUUUCUUUGCUGAUGAUAUCAUCUUUAUUGGAAAGGCUACGGUAUCCAACUGUCUCCACCUACAAAAAGUUCUACAAUUCUUUUGUGAAAGGUCGGGCCAAAAGAUUAACAAUCUUAAAUCCAAGGUGCUUUUUUCUAAGAAUGUUGACCAAGCCACCAGAGACAAUCUUUGCUCCAUUCUUGGAUAUUCCCAAACUGAGGACUUGGGUAAAUACCUUGGUGUCCCUAUUUCAGCCAAGAAACUUAACCAUAGCAAUUGCCAGUUUAUUAUUGAUAGAGUCCGUAAUAAACUUUCUGGAUGGAAGUCCAAAUUUCUGUCUUUUGCAGGAAGAACAACACUUGCUAAGUCAGUUCUGGCAACUGUUCCGAACUACUAUAUGCAAUCUUCUCUGCUACCAGCCUCUGUUCACAGAGAAAUUGAUCAGAUUUCUCGUAAUUUUAUUUGGGGAUCAGAGGUUGAGCAAAGGAGGAUUCAUCUUGUUAAUUGGAACAUUGUUUCUAGCCCAAAACAUUUGGGUGGACUUGGCUUGAAAAGUGCUAGAGAAACUAAUCUUGUUGCCAUGUGCAAGCUAAAUUGGAGACUUCACCAGGAAAAGGAUAAAAUCUGGACUGACAUGUUUAGAAGGAAAUAUAAUAUUCAUGACUGUCAUACUAGGCCAUCUGGUACAGGAUCUCCUAUUUGGAAAGCUAUAACUAAGGGCUUUGAUCUUUUCAACCUUGGUUUGAAAUGGGUGCCUCAUACAGGAACCAAUAUCUCCUUUUGGACUGAUUGUUGGGUUACUGAGACACCCCUUGCCUCUAUUGUGUAUGGUCCCCACUAUCCAGACUUCAAAGCUAUCACCGUCUUGGACUUUUUUAGUGCUGGGAAUCAUGCCCCUGAUCUUAUAUCUUAUUCUCUCCCUGAUUAUAUCUUCAAUAGACUUAAAGCGAUUCCUCGAUCUAUUUUUAACAGUAGAGAGGAUUCUUUUGCUUGGAAGGGAACUGCCAAAGGUGAAUUCAGUUCGGCUUCUGCUUAUUACAUCCUUAAAACUCCUCCUACCUCUACUGAUACUGAUUGGGAUUGGAUAUGGAAGCUUCCAACCAUCCCGAAAAUCCAACAUUUCUUUUGGUUAUUGGCUCACCAAAGGCUUAAAUGCUUCAGUUUCUUGCAUCAUUUAAAUAUUUCAACUACUGCUAAUUGUCCUCGUUGUCAUGUUGAUGAGGAAACUGUGGAACAUCUUAUCCGGAUAUGUCCUUCAUCUACUGAUAUCCUUCAUGAGUUAUUUCCCAAUAUCUCAUCCCAGCAACAACAAGAGCUUGACUUUGUCUCCGGGCUGAAAUUUAAUGCGCAUUGCAAGGUUAGGACGCAUGUUUUGAACAUCCCCUGGAACAUCUUAUUUUGCUUUGCCAUUUGGGGAAUUUGGCUCCAACGAAAUCAUAUUGUUCACUCCCCCCACCCAUACCAGAUAAAUAACUUUCGAAGUAUUAUUGUUGAAAAAGCUGCAGAAUUUUGGGCCUCUGUUACUCCUAAGGACAAUCGUAUUUAUCAAGAGGAGUACUUUAAAUGGGACAAACCUCCCUCAAAUGUCAUCAAACUUAACACGGAUGGGUCAGCUAAAGGCAAUCCAGGCAUUUCAGCUGCAGGGGGUAUUUUUCGGGACUGCCAAGGUAACUGGAAACUGGGCUAUGCUAGAAAAAUUGGAUGGUCUAACAGCCUCGCAGCAGAACUUUGGGCCAUUAGAGACGGAUUACAACUGGCCAUCAUGCACAAAUUUUUUCAUAUUAUUGUUGAAUCGGACUCUUUUGUUGCUAUCCAGCUCCUGCACGAGCCCCCUCCUGCUUCUCAUAAUCUGAGUUCCUUAAUCUUUGACUGCAGGGAGUUAAUCCAACAAAUUCCCAAGGUGGAACUCAAGCACAUCGUCCGUGAGUCGAACAUGGCUGCUGACCAGAUGGCGAAGCAAGGACAUGUUAUUGACUGUGAUUUUGUUAUUUUUGAAGUCAUUCCACCGUCUGUAAAUCAGUAUUGUAUUGCUGAUAUGAUGGGGGUUGAAUUUCCCCGUAUGUGUUGAACUGUUUCUCCUUUAAUAUAAGUCCCAUUUCUAA